CACACAAUGCCCCCCCAGCCACCAGCCCCCCCCGUCUUCUACAGCUUCCCGGACACUGAAGUCCUCGUCGACUCCCUCGCCAACUUCGUCGUCAAGGCCCAGCGGGAUGCCGUCGAUAAGCGCGGAAAAUUCACCAUCGCCCUCUCCCGUGGAUCGCUUGCCGCCAAUCUGAGGGGAUUGGUCGGCCAGCAAAAUGUACAGUGGGACAAGUGGGAGGUCUUCUUUGUCGACGAGGCCGCCGUGCCUCUUGAGGACGAAGAUUCCAACUACCGCUCAAACUACCUCUCGUUCCUUUCCCAUGUACCCAUUCCUAGGGAGCAGAUUCACACCAUCGACAUCAACCAGCUUGACGAUCUCGAGGAGUUGGCAGACCAGUACGAGAAGCAGCUUGUGAACCAUUUCGCCGCCUCAAACGCCGCGAGGUAUCCUACCUUUGACCUGAUGCUGUUGGGUAUAGGCCCAGACGGUGAGACCGCGAGUCUAUUCCCGGGGCAUGAAAUCCUCAGUGAGAAAGACGCAUGGGUCAGCUUUAUCGAUGACGCGCCGCGAGGACCUGCAAGGAGAAUCACUAUGACUUUCCCUGUCUUGAACCACUGCUAUAGGGCUGUCUUUGUGGCGACUGGCAAGGAAAAGACUGAGAUGCUACAUACCAUUCUUGAUCAGCCUGAAGCUGGACUUCCUUGCUCACGCGUCCGACCUGCCUCUCCCGGUCUCGUAUUUUGGUUUGCUGAUGCAGCAGCCGCAUCUGCAACUCAGUACCCUCCGACCACUUUCCGAUGGAUCGACAACGAGAAGGAAGCCCAGGAGGCAGUUGAUGCGGCAAAGCGCAGGGCUGCCAGAAAAUUGGCAGAGGCCGACAGUGAGGCAGAAGUACUCAAGAAAAGUGUAUAGAGUAGCGCAUGUUCACAAGAGCAAGGAUUCGUUUUUCAUUACUGUCACUUAGUCAGCGGAGACUCCGCCUCAGUUGUGUUCCAUGCUUCUGACGAAUCUGUACAUAACUGGCCUCUAUCUUCUUUUUAUCUUUAAAGGUCGGGCGGGAUAGGUGUAGACGCAUUAGUUGAUCUUGAUAUGCUAUAGCAAAAGGUGUGAAAAGUGUAUAGUUAUAUGCAUUUGCAGGCAGUUACUGGUGCAU